GGAAUAGCAGUGGGCAUUUCCUUUUCUCACAAGCUCAUUGAUGGGGAAACAGCCAAUGCUUUUCUCAAGACUUGGGCUGCUAUUUUUCGUGGCUGUCGCCAAGAAAUCAUAUACCCUAAUCUCAUCCAAGCCUCAUUAGUUUUUCCACCACGAGAUAACUUGCCUAAAAGGUAUGUAGCUAUCAUGGAGAGGUUGUGGUUCGGCUAGAAAAAGGAUUAUGUUACAAGGAGAUUUCUGUUUGAUGCUAAAGCCAUAUCCGCACUUCAAGUCGAAGCAAAGAGCGAGCUCGUGCCCAAACCAUCACGUAUUAAGGCACUUACAUGUUUUCUCUGGAAACAUCAAAUGGCUGCCUCUCGGGCGUUAUCAUCAGCACUUGCAGGUACUUCUCCAAAACUCUCCAUAGUAGCGCAUGUAGUAAACUUGAGGCCACGAAUGAACCCGCAAAUGUUGUUGGAUAAUACCAUUGGGAAUAUCAUUUUGUUGGCUCCUGUCGUAUUAGAAAUUUUGGAAGAGACAGCAACAAAUAGUAGUGAUCAUGAACUGUGUGACUUGGUGAACUUGCUUCAUAAAUCCCUCAACCAAUAUAACAGUGAGUACCUGGACACUCUGAAGGGUAAAGAAGGAUUUGGAGCCAUUUGUGACUAUCUAGAUUUCAUGGAGGAAGGGACUUUUAUAAAACCACCACCAGAGAUUUAUACAUUCACGAGCUGGACUAGAAUUCUUAACAAACUAGAUUUUGGAUGGGGAAAGCCAUUUCAGAUUGGAGUCAUCGGAAAAGUUGGACCUGUAUUUGGAAAUCUAACUAUAUUCGUUGCAUUACAAUGCGAUCAACAAAUUGAAGCGUGGGUGACUUUGGAGGAAAAGCAAAUGGCUAUGCUAGAAAAAGAUGCUCAAUUUCUAGCAUUUGCAUCUCCAAAUCCCUAAUUUUCAAGCACUGCUCUUUAGUUUCAUGAUGAUUAAUUCACAAAUAAGUUUCGCAGAUUUUGUAAUACACCUCAUGUCGAGUACUUGGUACUUUUUAUGCUCUCUUCUAUCCGGAAUGUCUUCUUAAGU